AUGCAGGCGCUCCACGGCGGGACCAAGCCGGUGCCACGCAAGCCGCAGCCUCCCGGAGCCUACCUAGACAACUCGUCGGUGAAUUUGAACGUGUAUGAGCGGGGUGAGAUUCUCCGUAAGCCGCAGGUAUAUUUCACUGGCUUGGUGAAUUGUGCGAAGCCGGACGUCAAAAUCACCGACUUCAAACUGAAUUUUGGGUUCGACGACGCGGCCAAGAACUACAGGGCACAUCAGGGGGACCACAUCGACUAUCGCUACGAGAUCUUGGGCAAAUUAGGCAUGGGGUCCUUUGGAAACGUGUUGCGAUGCCGGGACCACGCAUCGCGGCCGGGCGCAAUGGUUGCACUUAAAGUGAUUAAGAAUGACUUGGCCUGGUCGUUGCAGGCAGUGUACGAAAUCAAGAUCUUGAAGCAUUUGAACGGAGACCCUGUGGACGAACCAGCGCCUCCAACCCCCGCCUCGAUUUUGCAGUAUAUCGACCACUUCCAUUUCCGCGGCCACAUGUGUAUUGUGACCGAACUUUUGUGCGUAAACUUGUAUCAGGCGAUCGAGGCGACACAGUUCCGGGGCUUCGAUUCGCUGGUGGUCAGACGGUGGACACAUGAGUUACUCGAGGCGUUGCUGUUUUUGCACAUGCACGGCAUCAUCCACUGCGACUUGAAGCCGGAAAACGUAAUGGUAGUGUCUCCCGAUUCAUUUGCCAUCAAACUUAUUGAUUUCGGCUCCGCCACCUUUGCCAACGAGGUAUCUUACACUUACAUCCAAUCACGAUUCUACCGCGCGCCCGAGGUAAUUUUGGGAGCGCGCUACUCCGAUAAGAUCGACAUCUGGUCUCUCGGGUGUUUGCUCGCGGAGUUGUUCACCGCCGACGCGCUCUUCCCCGGUGAGGAUGAAAUGGACCAGUUAGGGUGCAUCAUGGAGGUAUUUGGCCCGCCCAAGUCUCACACACCCCCAUCAACCUCUAAGCUUCCGUUGUACACCUUGUUUGACGAACAAGGCAGGUUUGAGGCCGAUUUGCUCGCAAAGCUCAAGAGUGGGCGUCGGUUGCGCGUUCUGUCCAAGAGCUUGGAGGCCAAGAUCCGGCUCAAGUCGUCGGGUAAGUUUCCUAUGUCCAACGACGAUAAAUUUUUGGAUUUUUUGCACAUGUGUUUGACGUGGGAUCCGAGUGCUAGGUGGAGUGCCGAGGCGUUGUUGAAGCAUCCAUUUGUCAGCGAUGAUGAGGAUGUCGCGAUGGAGGAUGCGGAUGCGUUUAGCAACGACAUGGAGUUUGACAGUACGUUCUAG